AUGAUGCGAGAUAAGAAUUUCAAAUAAGAAUUGCAAGAAGUAGCACUAAAUAAAGUGAAAUAGAUCAAGGAAACCCCGAUGCCCAAAUACUAUAACUUAAAGUCUAUGCUAAUGAUUGCAUUUGGAGGAGUCGGGUUAUCACUAAUGCUGAAGUAUUAAUCGCAAUUUCAUGACUAUCUGCCUAAGAGACUUCAUAUCAAUUAGCCUUAUCCUGAAGACCAAUUUAAAGUGAACAUGGGGAAAUAAUCACUUUAUUUCUACAGUUAAAGUCUAUACUUUUAGGCUUUGAGUGGGUGGAGUAUUAUAUUUCUAAAGAGAUCAAGAAUGGUAUCACCGUUGACCUAUUUGAUGGCCUCGGUAGGAUUCUUAGUAGGAACGUACUUAAUUGAUUACUAUAAGCAUCCAAAUUUGAAGCACAGUCUCUGGUUUUUAUUCAAUAUCAGCACAGGUGCUAUAUUAGGAUCAUACUUCUACUAGCAAAAUUUUUAUGUCUUAAUUGAUGCUCUGUAUUUGAUCGGAAACUGCAUGACGUUUUAUGCAGCAUCAAACUAUUAUAAUGAAGGUGAAAAUAAAGGUAUGUUAGCAAAUGCUUUAGGGUCAGCAGUAUUUGGAACAUUUUACGGCCUCGGAGUUUUGAGAUUGUUUAGAUGGGGAUUUAAGUUAGAUGAUCCGAAGUUAUUUAUGAUAGUUGGUAGUUGCCUAGGAAUUUUGAUGUCUUGGUCAAUUCACAGAUCAAUAUGUGUUUAAGAUGAGUAUAAUUAGAAUGAUUACAAUCCAAUUAAUGCAGCUUUAUCUUUUGUUUGGAAGUAAAUUCCCUAGGUGAGUGUUUUUGUAGAUGCUUUUUAUCAUAAUAGAAAUUAAGAUAGCUAUAACAAAAAUAAAGAGAACAAUCAAAAAUCCUGGAAUCAACUCAACACUCUCAAAGUACAGGUUAAUUAAGAUGCUAUUGAUUAAUUGUCUAAAGUUAUUGAUAAUCAAAAGGCGAUUCUUUUGAAACUACUUAAAAAUGAUAAGAUUGCUGAGGGAUGUUCAAAUUAAGAGAUAAAUAAUAUGAAAUGA